UCUGGUUCCGGUAGCAAGCAAAUUCCUCUGCUUUGCACCGUUUGCCCUGAGACGCCGCGAUUUUCCGAUGUGUCACACUUGCUCACGCACAUUGCCUCCAAAGGCCAUCUUCAUCAUGAAACCCAAACAAAACUGAAGGCUCAUCAAGAUAUUUCGGCGUCUCAGCCCAAGAGAAAAAUCAAGCGAACGGAAUCUGAUACACUCGUCAAGAAUGAACGAGAAGACUUUCCUCAAGACUUCCCCAUGUUUCCGGGAUUCUUUCCGUCGGAUAAUGAAGACGAGAUCCAAGACGACUUUCUCGUAUCUGGAGAUAUGAUGGCGCUGAAAGGUCAGGUAUGGCCAGGGAUGGGCAAAAUGGAUUUGGCAAAUGAGGAUAUGAAACGCACUCGCAACCAAAGAAAGCCCAAGUCGGUCAUUGAGAAAAUGAAGAGGACGUCAGAAGGCAUUGAGCCAACACAAGUCGUCAUGACACCCGAAUUUGAAGUCGAAAGAGUCAAAGAUGUUUAUGACAGCUCUUCGCCAAUGCCAGAUCAAGAGGAAGCGACUCCUCCGAAAAAGACAGCCAAGCCUCGUCGAAAGCGUGGAGAGCCACUGGCUGAAAUUUCUGCCAACAUUCCUCGAGGGGGGAAUCGUCGUCUCACACGGGGCAAUGUUGGCCAGGAGAAGAGUUCCAAACCGCUUCUAGGAUACAGCCGAACUCCAAGUUCCGACAUCACCCCUUCUCUUGGACAGUUCAAGCGUUCCCAUGAUAUUUUUCGGGACGAUGACAAGAUUUCUGGUAAGCAUUCCUGCUCUUCACAUAAUCGCAAUGCUGACUUGGUUUUCGAUCUCCGCAGCCGAAUGCGACUACACCAGUUGAACCCGAUGCCUCACUCGAAUCUUGUGUCUCCAACGCCUGCAUCCAGGGACAUCCCUGACCGGGGUUUCUCGACACGAGACCUCCAUAGAGGUAGAGGCCAAGAGCAAGCCUAUCUCAGCAUGGGUUCGCUCAAUCACUCGGAUCUGUCAUUCGCCUUGAAUGGGACGUCGAUCUAUAAUAGCACAACUCGGUUCCCUUUUGCUACAAGCCACCAUUUCAACACUCUUAGCCAUGACCACUUUCGCCUUUCUUCAGGCCACAACUCCCAGCAGAAAUUUGACGAUUAUUCGCAUACCGGUGCCGGUGAAGCAAGCACGGUAGCAAACCAGUUUCUUGAUAUACCCAAUACCAAUCCUUUGUUUUCCCAGGAUCGCCUCUUCCUUGGAUCAUGCGGUCAAUCGGGUCCGGCGCCAAGUCUGUCUCCAUUGGGAUUUACAUCGAUAAACCGUAAUCAAGAUGCCUCUCAUUCAAUGCGCCAAAAUCAGUCUACUACCAACAUC